AUGUCCAAGUCGCUUAUCCUCGCCGUGGGCUACCAGUUUUACAGUGACCUCUUCUCAUUGAUUGAAUUGGCAGGUUUUGCAUUCGCUUUUAUUGCGGCAUUGGCGGUGGGUGCCCUUCUUUACAUGCGCUACAAGGAGCCCAAUCUGAAGACAUCGUUUCAGGUGCAUUUGUCAUCAACCUUUGCGUCUUUGCCAAUUUUCUUCCCAAUCCUAUUUCUUGGGUGCGAUCUUCUCAUACUUGUGCUGACAAUCUACCAACAGCCGCGUGAGUCGCUUUCCAACGUCAUUCUUAUGCUGGUGGCGCUUCCAAUCUACUGGUUUGGUGUUUCAUGGAAAAAUAAACCAAAGAGCUUCCAGAAAUUUAUCUGUAAGUAA